AUGGAAGAGAAGCCCACCGGAAGUACAAUCAUGGCAGCACUCUCCACCCUCACCCCGCCACAAAUCUCCUCCCUGACCACCACCAUCUCCGCCCUCUUCCACCUCCACCACCGCCGUCUCUCCUCCCUCCUCUCCUCUCACACCCUCUUCUCCCUUUCCCUCCACCACCUCCACACCCUCUCCCUCAAUCAAAAAUCCCUCCUCAUUUCCCGCCACCUCUUAUCAAUCCUCUCCCACCUCUCCCACUUCCUCCACCCCAAAACUGCCGGAUCACCACCAUACAACACCACCGUGGUCAACGUCAACCACCGUGACCUUGACUCUGUUCUACUGUUACUCCUUCUAUGUGAACUCCAUCAACAUGAUCCGGAAUCACUCAAGACAUUAUCGCCGGAAAAGUGGCGGGAGUCGCUUUCCGGUUAUGUCUCCACCACCAUGUUGACUCUCUCCGGCAUUGGGUUCUCCAACAGUGAAACGUUGAGGAAAUAUGUUGAAGUGGUGACAAGGUGCCGGAAGUUUGUGGAGGUGAUGGGCGGUGGUGGAGAUGGGAAGGAAGGGAGAGAGGUGGCGGCGUCUGUGACGGCAGUUGUGGCACUGCCGUCGGUGGAGGUGGAGCAAGGAGGAAAAGAGUGUGUUGUGUGUAAAGAAGAGAUGAGGGAAGGGAGAGAUGUGUGUGAAUUGCCUUGUGAACAUCGGUUUCAUUGGAUGUGUAUAUUGCCAUGGUUGAUUAAGAGGAACACGUGUCCUUGCUGCCGCCAUCAGCUGCCGACUGAUGAUGUAUACGGCGAGCUUGAGCGGCAGUGGGCGGUUCUUGUGAAAAUAAGUGAUGGUUAUUAUUAG